GCCGACCGUUAGCGACACAGCCACUUAGCUGGCUAAUUAGCUCGUAGACCGUUGGACUUUACUGUCCACACAAAUCAUCUUUCUACAUUUUUUUAUUUCAUCAUAACCUGUAGCAUGUACGUCGUGAGUUAGUUAGUAAAAUGGCGUGCAUGGGCCACCAACGCGAGGAUGAAAAUAUCGACGAAGACCUGACGCCCACGAAGCAGCCGCGGAACGAGACCGACGAUGAGGCAGCCGCGCCCGCAGGAAGAGACGCAUCCGAGCGGCGGAGCUCCAACUCGACGCCGAGGCAUCGGAGCGACUCAGUGAAGAAAACAAGGCCGCCCUUUCCCUGGUUUGGGAUGGACAUUGGAGGCACCCUUGUGAAGCUGGUGUACUUUGAGCCCAAAGACAUCACAGCAGAGGAGGAGCAAGAAGAGGUGGAGAACCUGAAGAGCAUCCGGCACUACCUGACCUCCAACACCGCCUACGGGAAGACGGGCAUCAGAGACGUGCACCUGGAGCUGCAGGACCUGACGCUGUGCGGCAGAACGGGCAACCUGCAUUUCAUCCGCUUCCCCACGCAUGACCUGCCGGCCUUCCUGCAGAUGGGCCGCAACAAGCACUUCUCCAGCCUCCACACCACCCUCUGCGCCACAGGAGGGGGGGCGUACAAGUUUGAGUCUGAUUUCCGCACGAUGGCGGACCUACAGCUCCACAAGCUGGAUGAGCUGGACUGUUUGAUUCGAGGGGUGAUGUACAUCGACUCGGUGGUGUCCAGCGGACCCUCAGAGUGCUACUACUUUGAAAACCCCACUGACCCUGACCUCUGCGUCCAGAAGCCCUACACACUGGAGAACCCCUACCCUCUGCUGCUGGUCAACAUAGGGUCUGGGGUCAGCAUCCUGGCCGUUUACUCUGAGAGCAACUACAAACGAGUGACCGGGACCAGCCUCGGUGGCGGGACCUUCCUGGGCCUGUGUUGCCUGCUGACUGGCUGCUCUACUUUCGAGGAAGCUCUAGAAAUGGCUUCUGAAGGGGAGAGCACACGAGUGGACAAGCUGGUUCGGGACAUCUAUGGAGGAAACUAUGAGAGGUUUGGGCUGCCAGGUUGGGCUGUAGCCUCAAGCUUUGGCAACAUGAUGUCCAAGGACAAGAGGGAGUCGGUGUCCAAGGAGGACCUGGCCAGGGCAACACUGGUCUCCAUCACCAAUAACAUCGGCUCCAUCACCAGGAUGUGUGCCCUCAAUGAGAACAUUGAGAGAGUGGUGUUUGUGGGUAACUUCCUGAGAGUGAACACCCUCUCGAUGAAGCUGUUGGCCUACGCCAUGGACUACUGGUCUAACGGACAGCUCAAGGCGCUCUUCCUACAGCAUGAGGGCUACUUCGGAGCAGUUGGAGCCCUGUUGGAGCUCCUGCAUCCGUCCUAAUCCGUCCAAAGAAGUACUUGUCAAUCUGCUGCAAAAAUCUUUCGCACUUUAGACUGUCCAGGGUUAUUCCAUGAUGGGAUGUCGUGUCAGCCACCAGCCAGUCACUGGUCGAUGUUGGUUGUUUGGGAAAACUGUCAAACAUUUGGAGGUCCUAUUAUAUUUUCGGCAAUCAACUGGUUUGUAAAAAUGUGAAGAAGAAAAAAGUCUAAAUUGUGCUUCACAUGCUGUGAUAGUCAGUGGAUAGAAGUGUUUCCUGUCUACGGUCGAAUGAAGCUGAAACCAGCCGGGUUUGGGCCUGAAAGUCGUGGAAAUUCACCACGUUUGCCUGAAACUCUUAAAAUAUCCUCGUCAAAACAAAGUCUAAUGGACUGCAUCAGGUCUCGGGUCUAAUAUUUACCCUCCUGGAUGGAAGUUUGUUCAAUCCGACUGUACUCUAUUAGUUUAUGUUACGGUUGCUAGAACUUAAAGAUCAUCACAGGAAAUCUUUUACCAGUAAAGCAUCAUUCAUCAUUGCUUAUUUCCUAAAUAUGGUGUAGAUUAAUUGUUUGGUCUAUUAAUCAGACAAUAGCUUAACAUGCCUGACGAAGAUGACGUCUUUAAAAUGCUUGUUUUGUCCAAACAGCAAUUCUAAACCCAAAUAUUUUAUGUUUACUAUCAUAUGACACAGUGAUAUGAAAUAAAUCUUCACAUUUCAGAAGCUGGAAAGAGGACGUUUCGCAACAAUAAUAUUGCAGAUUAUUACUGACGACUGAUCCUUUCAGCUCUACAUGCGUGCUGUCCAAAAUAACAACAGAUGGGAAAUCAACACUGGUCAAACUUGUCAAACUCAAGGAUGAAAUCUUGAGAAUUUAUACGAUUUGAACUAAAAUGUAAAGACUGUAAGGCAAGGUAUUGUCCUGAUGGUACACUGAGAAUAAUUUACAACCACUAAUUGUGUUUUAUCAUCCAGGAGCACUUAUUCAUCGUCAUCCUUUGGACUUUAAAUGAGGCUGUGAGUGAAACAAGCAGGUCUCACUGAAUGUUGACUUUCAUUUAAACCUGUAUUUAAGUCUCUUAACUGUCAACGUAAUCGAUUAAUAAAAACUAAUUUCAUUACACCAGAUCAGAGCCAUAUCAUCUUCAAAUGAGUCAUUAACCAUUACAGAAUGUGUAUCGCUUAUUUACGUUUAACAAUUGAGAUCUAAAUGUUUGUUAUGUUUCUGAACCCAAUUAUUUUACCCCAAAAAGUGUAUCUAGUAAAACUGGAUAAUCGGCGUUGAGGUUAGUGAGACUGGACUGAAAAGCUAGCGUGAUAAAUUGAAGUCGCUCCCUGACCUCUGCCCUGCUGAAGUGCCCUUGGACCAUUGCAUCCCUCUCCCAGUAGAGGGAAAUCAGAGCAAGUGAAAAGAUAUAGAUUUUGAUGAAUGUGAAAAUUGAGGUCAAAAUUAGGGCAUUAUAUCCCUGAGUUUUCCCCAGAUUUAACAACAAAAAACCCGUUAAUUUAAUGCAGAGACGUGUUGCAUCCCUCCAAUGGAGGCAAUGUUUUGAAUUCACUGUAUGUCUUAGUCAGGCUUCCUUAGUACGGUUUUUAGUUUAAGUAUGACUUGAAAAAUGUUCAACUUUAUGUUUCUGACAUGCUUCUUGAGUUGUGAUUUGUCCAAUCAUUUCAUUUAAUGCUUAUCCGUCCCAUUUCAAUGUCAUCUGUUCAGUAUUCGCUCCAUUGAUGAAUUACAGGGACCAAAAUGAAUCCUCCACGACCUGAAAGAGAUUUGACUCACUAAUAAGUUGGACAGUUUUUCAGCUGUUAGUUACUUGAUAAAAUGUAUCUGAAUGUUAUUAUUAUACAGUUAGUUGAUUUUAAAAUAAAGUGCCUGUCAUGUUUUUGUAUAGAAUACAAUAAUGUGUUCAGCAGUGAUUUAAAAUGAGACAAACUGCUCUGUGAUUUUAUAGGCGUCCCUCUAUUAGAUUGUAAUGUUACAUUGCAAAGUAAACGUUGUACUUAUUUUUUUAACUGUCAUUACAAAUCCUAAUAAAUACACGCUUUUCAUAUCUU